AUGGAGUUUUUGGGAAGGUCAGCUGUUUGCACUCCCGCAUCCCCCACCUUCCCGCACUCCGCCGCAGAGAGCGGACGACGGAGGCGGCGGCCGGCGGGAGCGGGGCCCGGGGCGCAGGGCGGCCGCGGGGAGCCGCCGGGAGAGGGGCCGCCGCCGCGCAGCCUGGAGGAGAAGUUCCUGGAGGAGAACAUCCUCCUCCUGCGGAGGCAGCUGAACUGCUUGAGGAGGAGGGAUGCUGGGUUAUUAAAUCAGUUGCAAGAGCUGGAUAAGCAAAUAAGUGAUCUCCGCCUGGACGUGGAAAAAACAACAGAUGAGCACCUGGAGACAGACAGUCGUCCAAGUUCAGGGUUUUAUGAGCUGAGUGAUGGAGCUUCUGGAUCGCUUUCCAAUUCAUCUAACUCUGUCUUCAGUGAGUGUUUAUCCAGUUGCCAUUCUAGCACUUGCUUUUGCAGCCCUUUGGAGGCAACACUGAAUAUCUCAGAUGGACGCCCUAAAUCUGCAGAUCUCAUAGGCUGGAUGGACUAUAAUAAGGAAGGCCAGCAUGAGGACCAGACCGCAGGCUCUGUCUGUCGCUCUUUAUCCACACCGCACUCAAAUUCCCUCGAUGUCGUUGCAGAUGUACAUCCCAAGUACCAGUGCGAUCUGGUGUCUAAAAACGGGAACGACAUCUACCGCUACCCCAGCCCGCUCCACGCUGUGGCUGUGCAGAGCCCCAUGUUCCUUCUCCCCGUGACUGAGAACCCCCAGCGAGAAGAGGAGAGGCUCGCUGGCGAUAUGAGCGACGUUUGCACUCCAUCCGAAACGGACUCGGGACAAUCCGCCAACGCCUUCCCUCCGCAGAGCUCCUGGCCGGCUCCGUGCCCUUCCACCAGCAAGAGGAUAGACAGCUACAUCUUAAGCCUGGUUCAGAAAAAGACUCACGCAGUAAGGACUAACAAACCCCGGACGAGUCUCAACGCCGAUGCCACCAAAGGGAUCUUGAGGCACGGGAGCAUGUGCGUGCGGCCGCCGGCAGCAAUGGUGGCCCACGGCAACGUGGUGAACCUGAAGGGCUCCAAGCCGGUGUGUUUGCCUCCCGGUGGGACCCCCGCUCCGGACCACACAGCUCCCUCCCCCUUAAAGCAGAGGCCAAGGGAGCCGGCUGGGGAGCAGCUGGAGAGUAGGAAGGCCCCAUUGCCGGCAGCUUUCCCACCCGGCACAGCAGCGGAACUCCAGAGCAAGCACCUGCCACGGGGGGUCAAACCAGCACCGCCAGAGCUGGGCCGCAGCACCGCGACCACGGCCGGGGACGUCCCCAAGGAGAACGGCCAGCUCUUUGCUGCGUCUCCCAAAGACACCCCAGGGAAGCCGGUGGUGCUGCAGCCAGAGAACAGGGUCAGCCAGCCUCCCAAAAAGAUCCUGUUGAAGAGCAGCUUGCAGGCGGCUCGCUCCUCGUCACCGGCCGUCGAGGAGAGGCCCGCGCUGGAUUUCAAAAGCGAGGGCUCUUCCUCACAGAGCCUGGAUGACGGGCUGCUGGUGAACGCCCAGUACAUCCCGGCCCAGCAGCAGAGCAUGAAGCUUCACAAAGGCACCCGGAACGUCAAGAUUUUGAAAAGCUCUGCGUUGAAACACAGGUCCCACCUUGCCAGCGGGGUGGAAAACAACUCACAGACCUUGCGGGAGAAAGCCAAACUGGCCGGCAAGAAGUGCCGCUUUCCUGAGGAGUUGGAUACAAAUAAGAAACUGAAAAAGCCCUCGUCACGGGGGAAGAGAGGCAGCGGCUUGCCGCUGGAGCCGAGCCUCCCGGGCCGGCAGGCCGGCCUGCACAGAUCUGCCCUCCGCUCCCAUGGGCACGGCCGGGAGGUUGUGGUGGCCAAGCCCAAACACAAGCGUGCCGAUUACCGCCGCUGGAAGUCCUCGGCGGAGAUCUCCUAUGAGGAGGCCCUGCGGAGGGCGAGGAGGAACCGGCGGGAGGGCGUGGGGGUCUACUCACAGGUGCCCCUGCCCUAUGUCAGCCCCUACGCCUACGUGGCCAGCGACUCGGAGUACUCGGCUGAGUGCGAGUCCUUGUUCCACUCCACCGUGGUGGACACGAGCGAGGACGAGCAGAGCAACUACACCACGAACUGCUUUGGAGACAGCGAGUCAAGCCUGAGCGAGGUGGAGUUUGUAGGGGAGAGCACGACCACCAGCGACUCUGAUGAGAGCGGGGGCCUGAUUUGGUCUCAGUUUGUCCAGACACUCCCCAUCCAAACAGUCACGGCGCCGGAGCUGCAUGAAAAUGCGGCCAAGGCCUUUGUCAAAAUCAAAGCCUCCCAUAACCUCAAGAAGAAGAUCCUCCGCUUUCGGUCAGGCUCCCUGAAGCUCAUGACGACGGUCUAGUGAGGUGACUUGGUGGAAUGUAUCUGCUUCUGCUUUUGGAAGCAAGGUGCUUUUUUUUGUACAUAUUUCCACAGAUUUUUUUUUUUUUUGUAAUACAAAUAUUUAAAACUUAAGGUAAAUUAUGUCACUUGUCUUCAGAACUUGGGUGGAUACUAGUGCCUUUUAUGUGGAAAUAAAAGACCAUUACACUUGUUUAAAAAAACCCAACACAACACUGCCAUUUCAGUGGUGAACAGCCUCCAGCGUGUGAUGUCAGAAGGCUUUGAGAAAAGGCUAAAAUGUUUCUGGGAAUGGAUCUUCCUUGCCUAGUUUUUCCAGUUCUGGGUCUUAUAGAGGAUAUCAACAGCUUAAGGUCAUAAGUUUUUAGGGAAUAAAGGGGAGGGAGUGAGGGUGGUUCUUCAUGUUUUUGCUUGUCCCUUUCUGCUGCUGCUCUUACCACAUCUUGAACUUUUUCCUUCUGGUACUCUGGUCUGUUGUUUUGGUUUUUUUUUUUCCUUGUUGAUUCUUUUCUUGAAACUCACUCCUGUCCUCCCCCAGCCUUCCCCCACCAGGAAAGGGUUCCUGUUCAAUCUGUCUCCGAGGUUAAGUCGCCUUCCCUGGAGUGCACUUUGCUCCGAUCUCCUGGGAGUCCCGCUGUGGAUGGCGGUGGUGUCCAGAGUAAACUGCAGCUGGAGCAGAUGACCAAGGCUUAGUAACUUCAUUAUAUUGUGUAAAACUGCUUUUAAAAAAGAAAAAAAAAAAAAAACCAUAUGCAUGUCACGUGCAUGAGUAUCAGUAGUUUUAAUAUUCCUGUUGAUGUCCAAUUUACUGUACAUCAUCAAUGGCUGUUUUUAUAUAUAUAUAUCAUUGUGUAAAUUAAUAUAAUACAUCAUAUGCUGUAAUAAACAGUCUGUUUUAAUACUUUUUAAAGUUUGUUACAUUGGUGCAGACCCAGUCAGUGCUUUUAUACUGGUGUUGUCACCACUUAGAUGUCUCCUGAUGUGACCUGUUCACGUUCCUUGCAUUUAGCCAUGUAGGAAAUGGGACAAGUUUAAAAUGCUGCUGUGGAUGUGACCUGUGCUUUGAGGGAAUAGACUUGUCGUGGCUCCUUUUCUCAUAGCUUGCAUUUUUCCAAGGCAAGAUGGGAUUUAGGAGCUCAGAGGCAUCUUCAGGUUGUUGCUGAUGGGCAGCUCAUGUUUCAGAGCAGAUGGAAGUAUAAUAUUAAUCCUGCUCUCUGGGUGCUUGCAGACUUUGGUUGGUACAACCUUGGGGCAGAUGGUUGGUUUCUGUAACCAAAUCCAUCUGUGGGACACAUCAGGUGUCCCCAUGGAAUGUCCAGUAAGUGAAUCCUCAAGAGCUGUGUGCCCUGGGAGCUGGGCUGGGUGGAGGAGAGCACAGGCUGCCUGCCCAUGGUGGUCCCUCUGUAGCUUUGGCUGUUGGCUCUGCUCCAGCCCUAGCAGGAUCAUAGAAGGUGACAAUUGCAUCACCCACUGGUCUCUGUCUCAAGUUCUUCCCAUGGGACUGGAGGGGAGUCUGGCAGCAAAGGAGAAAGAUGCCCUCCAUAAGUAGCAGUGCUUCUAUUCACAACAAAAGCUUUGGAGCUGCCUGGUGGGAAGGUUUUGGGCUGGUUGAGCUGGUUUCUGCAGGUUCAUCUUCUGCUUUGGCAUCCACGAAGCAGCAGAAGACAGCUGGAGAGGGUGCUGUGGCUGGUGUGGAUUUCAGGGAUAUGUGUGCAGCCUGUCCAUUCCAUAACAAGGUCUGAGCAGAGCUUUCCUUUGUGGUUCCUCUGUGUCCUUCCUGCUGUCACCCAGCUGAAAGGCAGAACAGUUUUUAACCAGGUUUUCUUGCAUUGCAAAUGUAGAAGGGAAAGAUCCACUCAGAAUUAAACAUCUCAGAAUUAAACAUCUCAGGGAGCAGCUCCUGAGACAGUGGGAACGCUUUUCCUAAGAGGCACAUUUUAUUUUUUAAUCUGCAGUAUGGUAAUUCCCUAUUUAUAAUGCCUCAAAUUAUUCUUUUCCUAAUUGUGUGGUUUUUUUGGUGUUUUGGGGUUUUUUGGGUUUGUUUUGUUUUGGUUUUUUUGUUGUUGUUUGGUUUGGUGUUUCGUUGGUUUUUUGUGUUUUUUUAAGCAGUGGAAAAUUGGUUUCUAUAAGGGUUUUGCAGUACAUCACCAGGUUGUGGAUUCAGUGACCCAGAAAGUCCUUGCACUUCCACCUCCCAUGGAACAGCAAAAGCUGGAAGUCCUCUUAUCUGCUCAUAACUCUCCUAUUACUUUAUACAUGGAAAGGCAACCUGUGUAUAUAUAUAUAUAUAUAUGUAUGUAUAAAAAAAUAUAUAUAUUGGUUUAGAAUAAUUCAUCCAGAAAUUGCUGGACAAGGGCUGCCACUACAGAGAGGGGAGAAAAGCAAUGUUUUUUGUUAAACAUGGCAUUACUAAGGUUAAGCAACAGCUAAAAGCCAUCCCAUUAAUACCUGAUGGGUGUUAUAUCAAACAAAGGGAAUGUCUUGAGGAAGCUGGUAGUUUCUUUCCUAGAAUAUCUCUUAAUCAUGCCAUAUAAUCUCUCUUUGAGUGAGAAAAACAUGUGCAAAUCCCUGUAAAUCUCCUCAAAGGUGUAGAAGAGCAGCAGAGAGGAUCCUCAGCGGUGCACUCUCUCUGGCUGUAAAGGAGCUGCUGGUGGAAAGAGAAAGCAGCACCCAGUGGCAGUGGGAUGAUGAGUUUUUAAUUGCAGUGCUAUAGCAGAUUGUACUGGGUGAGGGAGGCUACUUUUCAAAAGUGAGCUGCUGAAUGGUGUCUUUUCAGAUCAUUGAGUAAAAAAAGAAAAUAAAAUAGCCACCUAAAUAUUGCUAAGGCUGUAUCAGCUGCAGCCACUGUAUUCCACAGUUCUCUUGUUGUAUAGCUUAAUACCAGAUUUGGAAAUAGGCUGAUGGUAUCUCCCUCCUAAUUGCAUUUGAGUCUUUUCAGUUUGGGGAAAGAAUUUUCCUUUUCUUACAUGAUUUAGGGAAGCAUCCAGAAUCCUUUAAACAGGCCUCAUUUUUUCUAUCAACACCCAACCCCCACAUUUACUUUUAUUUUUUUUUAUUAUUUUAAUAACAGAUCUUAACAGUGCUGGAAAAGUACUUGAUAUGGUCCCAAUACACAACACACAUUCUCAUCUCUGGUUCUGAUUUAGGAAACACAUCUGAGUUAGGAAGUUUUUACAACGCUAUGUUGAAAAACAUCUGCUGAUCUUGGAGACCAGUUGAAUAUCUGGCACUUCUUUAAGCUACCUGGCUUUCCAGCUUUGCAGCUUGCCAGUGUAUUUUUCAUGGUGUUCACUUUUUAAUUAUCCCCAGUGUUUAUGGUUGUCUUUGGAAGUCUGAAGCGGGAACAUUUCAUUGCACUGGGAGCUGUUUCAAGGUGGGGUUGGUAGGAGGGGAGUUUUGGGAUUAGGAAAGUACAGGAGCAUAAAGGAACACGAGCAGAGCCCUUUGAGCUGGAUUCCUUGUGUUUCAGAUAAUGCAGUGUUUCUGCACACCUCUGGAAUAUAUGGAAUUCCCACUGGCACCACACGCUCUGAGGGGAUGAGUGUGUCGCUGGGCUGUCUGCCUUCCAGCAGCCUUUCUGGGUCUAUCCUCUACUCCCUCAGCCCAGCCACCAGCUGUGGGGCAGCAGAUAAAGAAUCAAGCUGUGUCUAGUGUGUGUGGGGUCAGGGAGAGGUUCUGGCAGGGUGCCCAGACAUCCCAACUGCGUGGGGCCCCUGCUGUGGACCUCCUGCUUGUCCUGAGAAAUCCAACGUGGAGCAAGGGCUCAGACAGCUGGGUCUGAGGGAAAGGAGGGGUGGAGAGUCCCAUAAAUGAGUGGUCUGAUCCUGGUUCAUCUGAAUCUCUAGAAGAGGUGGGAAGAGGAGGUGUUUCAGCCUAACACCUUGCUCAGUAAGUUAGACUGGACUAAAUUGAGUCCUCCCAGGGAUUCUGCCUCAUUUCUUCCAGUGUUGUUUGAAUGAUCAAAGCCACUCUUGGCACUCCCAGUUGCUGAGGUGCUUAAACCAUCUGACCAAGUCCUGUAGGAAGUGGGGACAAGAGAUGAGCUUCCAUUCCCCAGGUCUGGGUUUGGCCUUCCACAGCACAGCCCCUGCUUGCAGAGAGCCUGUAGGUCCCAACCCUCUGCAGCUUUCCUGCUCCUGGGGCUUCAGCAGGAAUCUGCCCAUCCUUUACAAGCUUUCUACUUUUCCCAUGGUUUGGGGUUCAUGCUGGAUAAGGACUGAAAACAGAUUCUCCACAACAGUCCUGUGCCUUCAGUAAUCCCAAAUCUGUUUGUUGGCUCAGAGGAAGGUCAGGCACUCCUCAGGUGACAGCCAGCAAAGCCAUCCCUGAGGGACCUGCACCCCUUCCUGUCACAAAGGGCAGCAAAGCCUUCGAUGAGCAGUGGUGGCAACUUGGCAGGUGACUCACCAUGCUGGGCAUGGCUUUCCCCAGACACGUGAUUUUUCUUACAAGAGGGAACAAGGACAUUUCUGAGGAAGCAGAAAAGGCUAAAUACAUUUUUAAUAGCUAAUUUCAGAGUAUGUACCUUUGGAGUAGCCAACAAAAAUAAAUAUGACUGAGCUGCUAAUACAAAAAACUGAACCAUUCUCAGCUUAACUUUACAGAUGGAGAAACAAUUGAUGCUGUGGUGAGAAAAAAUUGAUGCUGGAGCAUGUCUAGAGAAAGGCAAUGGAAUGGAUGAAAGUACUGGAUUAGAGCAGAAGUCUUGAGAGAAGUGGCUGAGGGGGCCAGGAGCCUCAGCCUGGAGAAAAGGAGGCUUAGGGGAGACCCAAUCACCCUCUACAAUUCCUUGAAAACAGGGUGGAGCCAGGUCUCUGCCUGGAUCAGUCUCUUCUCCCAAUUAACAAGCAAUAAGACAUGAGGAAAUGGCCUCAAGUUGCACCAGGGGAGGUGUAGACUGUAUGUUAGGAGAAAAUUCUUCACUGAAAGGAUGUUCAGGCAUUGGGACAAGCAUCCCAGAGAAGUGGUGGAGUCACCAUGCGUGGAAGUGUUCAGAAAAUGUGGCACCUGGGGACUUGAUUUGGUGGUGAACAAGACGGUGCUUGGGUUAAGAGUUGGACUUGAUCUCAGAGGUCUUUUCCAGCCUUAACUGUUCUAUGAUUCUGUGAGUUGCUUUGGGGUUUGAAAAUUCUCACAGUUCUGGAAUGAGGGGAGAUAGAUGAAAACCAGGGGGAUCUAUUUAAAGGGGACACUAGAAAGUGCUUUUUUACACAGCAGGGAAUUUGUUUCUGCUGGAAACAGUGAGAUGGAGGUAACAUCAGCAAGUUCAGAGGGAAAGAGAAGGUAGGGAUGGAUGUGCUCUACCAAUGAUUGUGGAUGCCAGAAGAGUUUGGGGUGACUGGACUGCAGACAGUGGCCAGGCUUGUGUGCCCCUCCUCAAGAUUGUCUUUUCCUGCAGCUGCUGAAGCACCAUUAGCUGGGGGAGGUGCACCAUCCUGCUCACCCAGCAGACCAUUUCCUGUGUUCCUCUGCUCUUCAACUAAUGAAGUAGCUGAAGUAACUGUCUAUGCAAUUGAAUUUUCCUCACUCUAACGUUUAUUUGGUUUUUUGCCCUCCCAACUUCUGCUGAAGGCCAGUUUUGCAUUGCUUUGCCAAGAAGUUCACUUUCCACACUUGGCUGAUGCUGACAUGCAUUUAUCCAGAUUAUGGACACAUGGUCACUCUUGUCCUCUGGCACAAUAAAUUCAUUCACCCUUUCAGGUAGGCACUCUAAAUCCUGUUAUGUGAACAUCAUCCCCACAAAUAUGCUUAUGGGCACAAUCCAUGUGUGUUCUCAUGACUUCAGUCCAUAAAUGAAUCUACCUUGGGAGUCAUUGUUGGGCAGCAGUUUUACACCCCACAAUUGCUUAUAAACUGCAGGAAAAGCUGGUGACUUACACACCAAAGGAACCAUCCUAGAGCCAGAAUGCCUCCACUGCUCUUUGCCUUGGGAAUUUGCUGUCCUUGGGGAGUUUUUCUCUCCAUCUGACUGUGUCUCCACUUGUGCCUUGGUUUGGAGCAACAGAGCAGUCUGGAAGUGCAUCCCAUGGUCAUCUCUGCUUGACCAGUGUUGGUUGGGGCAGCAGAGCAGUUUUGGAGCACACUGGUAGAACCCUGACCCAGGGGCAGGGCAGAUGUUCUUCCCCUGAGCAGGGAUCUGGGGAUCUGACCCAGUGAUGGCUCCCUGGCAUGGCUUCCAGUCAAAAAAUAUGGGCAAGCUUGGUCCAAACAACACUGGGGACCAGACCAAGUCUAGGCUGAAGUAAACACUUGAACUUUGUGUAUUGCUCUUCUGGGGACCUCAGUUUGUGGGGACCUGAGUUUGAAUCUGCUCCUUUCAUUCCUUUCAUGCUGUGUGACUUGAUGUAAACAGAGCCUCUCUCUCAAUUAAUGGCCUUUGUUUCCAUGCUGUAUUCCUUUAAGAUCAAUAAAGUGUUUUAACAUUAACAACUUGA